AGGCUCAACCCAACUGAGAAGUUGUCCAGUUUCCGGUGACAGUGAAUGUGCCAUCAUAGUCCAGAUUCUCCAUCUUUCUCCAACCAGGCAAAGGGACCAACCUGCGUCUUACACCCACUGUAACUUAAUAUUUUCCCGCUGACAUACACUCACCAGACUUAAAGGACCACAAUCAUGACGGACUCCAAGUAUUUCACAACAAACAAAAAAGGGGAGAUCUUUGAACUGAAGGCAGAGCUGAACAAUGAGAAGAAGGAGAAGAGGAAAGAGGCAGUGAAGAAGGUCAUUGCAGCCAUGACUGUUGGCAAGGACGUCAGUUCUUUGUUCCCAGAUGUAGUGAACUGCAUGCAGACUGACAACCUGGAGCUGAAGAAGUUGGUUUACCUCUACUUGAUGAACUACGCCAAGAGCCAACCUGACAUGGCCAUCAUGGCUGUCAACAGCUUUGUCAAGGAUUGUGAGGACCCCAACCCUCUCAUCCGGGCUCUGGCCGUGCGCACCAUGGGCUGCAUCCGGGUGGACAAGAUCACUGAGUACCUGUGUGAGCCUCUGAGGAAAUGCCUGAAGGAUGAGGACCCGUACGUGAGGAAGACAGCAGCUGUUUGUGUGGCCAAACUUCAUGACAUCAAUGCCCAGAUGGUGGAGGACCAGGGCUUCCUGGACUCCCUGAGAGAUCUCAUUGCUGACUCAAAUCCCAUGGUUGUUGCCAAUGCAGUCGCUGCCCUGUCAGAGAUCAGCGAGUCUCACCCCAACAGCAACCUGCUGGACCUCAAUCCCCAGAACAUCAACAAGCUGCUGACGGCUCUCAACGAGUGCACAGAGUGGGGACAGAUUUUCAUCCUGGACUGCUUGUCCAAUUAUAACCCCAAGGAUGAGCGCGAGGCCCAAAGCAUCUGUGAGCGCGUCACUCCCCGGCUGUCUCACGCCAACUCAGCAGUUGUGCUGUCGGCCGUCAAGGUGCUGAUGAAGUUCUUAGAGCUGCUGCCCAAGGACUCCGACUACUACAACACCUUGCUGAAGAAGUUGUCCCCACCACUGGUCACCUUGCUCUCCGGAGAGCCUGAGGUCCAGUAUGUGGCUCUGAGGAACAUCAACCUCAUCGUCCAGAAAAGGCCUGAGAUCCUGAAGCAGGAGAUCAAGGUGUUCUUUGUCAAGUACAACGACCCGAUCUAUGUGAAACUGGAGAAACUGGACAUCAUGAUCCGCUUGGCCUCUCAGGCCAACAUUGCCCAGGUGCUGGCUGAACUGAAGGAAUAUGCCACAGAGGUGGAUGUUGACUUUGUCCGCAAGGCUGUACGAGCUAUCGGACGCUGUGCAAUCAAAGUGGAGCAAUCAGCUGAGCGCUGUGUCAGCACCCUGCUGGACCUGAUCCAGACCAAGGUCAACUACGUGGUUCAGGAGGCUAUUGUAGUCAUCAGAGACAUCUUCCGCAAGUACCCCAACAAGUAUGAAAGCAUCAUUGCCACACUGUGUGAGAAUCUUGACUCUCUGGAUGAGCCCGACGCCCGAGCCGCCAUGAUCUGGAUUGUUGGAGAGUAUGCAGAGAGGAUCGACAACGCUGACGAGUUGCUAGAGAGCUUCCUUGAGGGCUUCCAUGAUGAAAGCACUCAGGUCCAGCUCACUCUGCUGACUGCCAUUGUCAAGCUGUUCCUUAAGAAGCCAUCAGAGACUCAGGAGUUGGUGCAGCAGGUCCUCAGUCUGGCCACUCAGGACUCCGACAACCCUGACCUGCGUGACAGGGGCUACAUUUACUGGCGCCUUUUGUCCACUGACCCUGUGACCGCCAAGGAGGUGGUGUUGUCAGAAAAGCCCUUGAUCUCAGAGGAGACAGACUUGAUUGAGCCCACCCUGCUGGACGAGCUCAUCUGCCACAUUGGCUCUCUGGCCUCCGUCUAUCACAAACCCCCCAGCGCCUUUGUGGAGGGCAGCCACGGAAUCCACCGGAAACACCUUCCUGUCCAGCACAGCAGUAUUGAUACAGGUGAGAGCCCAGUGAGCGGUGGACCAGCAGCUGCCAUGGACCAGCCACAUGUGAUCCCCAGCCAGGGUGACCUGCUGGGUGAUCUGCUCAACCUGGACCUGGGCCCUCCAGUCAAUGUGCCCCAGGUCUCCUCUAUGCAAAUGGGUGCAGUGGACCUUCUGGGAGGAGGCCUGGACAGCUUGCUGGGGGGAGACCUGGGCGGAGGUGUUGGGGGAAGUCCAGCAGUGGGACAGAAUUUCAUCCCCUCAUCUGUCCCCAGUACUUUUGCUCCGUCGCCCACACCAGCACCUCCAGCUGUCAGCAGUGGCCUCAACGACUUGUUUGAGCUUUCCACAGGCAUGGCCAUCACCACUGGAGGCUACGUAGCCCCGAAAGCAGUGUGGCUGCCUGCAGUGAAAGCCAAGGGACUGGAGAUCUCUGGCACCUUCUCUCGCCGCCAGGGCCACAUGUACAUGGACAUGACCUUCACCAACAAGGCCCUGCAACACAUGACCGACUUCGCCAUCCAGUUCAACAAGAACAGUUUUGGGGUGAUCCCCACCAGUCCUCUGCCCAUUCACACUCCUCUGAUGCCCAGCCAGAGUAUUGAGAUCUCUUUGCCUCUCAACACCAUUGGGCCAGUCAUGAAGAUGGACCCACUCAAUAAUCUGCAGGUGGCUGUGAAGAACAACAUCGAUGUCUUCUACUUCAGUGUACUCAUCCCUCUCAAUGUAUUCUUUGUUGAGGAUGGAAAAAUGGAACGACAGGUGUUCCUGGCUACCUGGAAAGACAUCCCCAAUGAGAAUGAGUUACAGUAUCAGAUAAAGGAGUGCCACCUAAAUGCAGACACAGUAUCAGGGAAGCUGCAGAAUAACAACAUCUACACUAUUGCCAAGAGAAACGUAGAAGGCCAGGACAUGCUGUACCAGUCCCUCAAGCUAACCAAUGGCAUCUGGAUCCUGGCUGAGCUUCGCAUUCAGCCUGGCAACCCCAACUACACGCUGUCUCUCAAGUGUCGGGCACCUGAGGUUUCUCAGUAUGUCUACCAGAUGUACGACUCUGUGCUGAAGAACUGAUCUGCUUAGUCGCUCCGCUUCAUCUUGACAACAAACAGCAGUGUUUUAUCAUUUUCUGUCGCCUGCAGCUAACUGCCAAAACAGGGGAAUACCAAACAGUAAAUGAUGGAAACUGAAUAAAUUUGUAAGAUUGGAAGAUUUUUCUUCUGAAGGCAAAAUUCACCAUGCUGUAAUUCUGAUGUUAAACAUGCUGUUGAUGUUUCCUUUAUUUUGGCAGUUGAAAUCAUUAUUGAAUUAUCUUCUUCAACUCCCCAUUUCGAUUUUUACCUCCCAGUGAAGAUGUGUCUACCAUUCCAUCCUUAACUUAGUGUCUUAAUGUUGUAAAGAUGUGACUGAUGGUGAAACUGUCCUGCGUGGAAAAAAAUCUCCCCAGUUUCCAUGAAGCCUUUUUUUUUUUUUUUUUUUUGUAUAUUGUAGCUUCUUUUGGUUUUGAUUUAUUUUUGAUACUGCCUUUGCUUCACUUGUACCCACACAGUAAUUCCAGUGUUGAUUUAUUCCUUUUGCCAAUAAUCUGUGAAGAGUGGAAACCAGUAACGUGUUAGUCUGUUCUACAGCAGGUUAGACUCCUGGAGGUCGUGGCUUACAAAUUCUUCAAGAGACAAGAUCAAAUAACAAACUUUAGACUGAAACUCUCUGAAACUCACUUUUUCCACCAUAAGCAUUGUCUAUACUUAUGAGUAAUUGAAAUAAUUGAAAAGCUUUAAGUGAAAUUCGAAAAAGUUGGAAAAAGAAAAUGCAGACCAGAGAUCACCUAAGCAAGAGUACUAGUAACUCCAAUGUAAACAAACUAAUAUUUUACUGCUGCUUCCCAUCCUGGCAUUUGUGGUCUAUCUGGCAUUCAACAUGUAGUGUUGGAUGGCUGCAGUGCACUGAUGCUCUGCAGGCAGUUAAAACAGAGCAAAGCAGAGGUCUUCAUUACAGAGAUCUCUUUCUUUCAGCCUUCACCACAUGCUGUCUUCAUUGGAACUUUGCAAAUACAACUUGAGGCCGCAUGAAGCAGUUUCAGUGGAAAUGUUCUGACAUAUCAGAGCCAAUUUUUUGCCAUAAUUAUAAAGUCAUGUUAAUAAAAAUAUACCUUCAGUGUAAUGAGAGUGUCUGCAGGCUGUGUAAAUGGCAGGACGCAAGCCGUCAGUAGAACAGACAGUCAGGAAGCUUCUGCAAGUUAAGUACAGUAAAUUGGUGGGUUUAAAAUCCUGGAGAAAAAUUGUGAGGUUGUAAUCAUUUUCAACUUCUAUGUCUUCGCUUAUUAGCUUGGAACCACUACACAAUCCACAGCAGCUAUUGAUUAUGUGUUCACACACCAGUGCCACUCCAUGUUAAGAAUGAUAUUUGCUAACUAAUUGCAAUAGCCCUGUUUACUGCAACCACAGUUGUACACGGCUUUAUACACCUAUAUUGUCAUUCCUAUUUAUUGUGCAUCUACCUCUGCGUAUUUCCUUUUAACUGGCGUUAAUGUUGCGGUAGCUUCAAUUCUGUAAUGUGCUUUAAAUGUUUUCACCUUUUCUUUUGAUGCCAAUGUUGGGUUUUUUGUAAUCUUCAUGCUAUUGUUGUCAAGCCAGUCGAAACCUGUGGCAAAGUCAGCCAAACCAGUCUCACAUGGACCAAGCAUUCACGCAAAUUAAAAGCCAAGUUUAUGUUUUAAUACCCUUGUGUCAAUAUAACCUUCUGCUGUUGGUGUUGUGUGUGCUAUAGAAUAUUAGAGUGCAUACACACUAAGACCCAGAGUUGCCCUAGUACAGUGUAGUCCAGUGAUGGUGUAGUCAGUGUAGCUAAUAAAUUAAAAUGUUUUGGUAUUGCCCUGAAAAUGAAUUGAAGCCUUGCCUCUAUCUACUCAACAGAAAAGGCUUUUUUUUUUUCAGCGCAUCAGUUGUGUUGGUGACACUAUUUUCAUACAUGAUAAUGUAAAAAAUACGUUUAUGUGCCUGCAUGAGCUCACUGUCCAAUUUAUUCCAUUUUCAUUUAGGCUGUGGAUUUACUCCAUUUAAAAACGAAUCUUUUCCCAACUCCGUGUCUCUGUCGUAGAUCUCAUGUUUAUUUUUUUUAAAGCAGCAAUGUCCCUAACACUCCCACAAAUAGAAGUAUAUCCACAACUGUUGCCAGCAAUACAGAAUGUAUGGAGAGAGCUAUCAUAGCAUCUUAUGAAAAGGAAUAUUUCUAGCAUUGUUGCUGUAACCCUGUUGUAAAUGAUUUGUUAUUGUCUCAGUACCACAUCUUAUGUCAAUAAAUUGUGAAACUCA